AGAUGGCAGGAGGGGGUGGCAUUGACGGCAGACUUCGCUGAGGGGCCACAGGGCGAGGAUCCCUACGCAGGCACCUUCUUUUCCAAAGAUCGCACUGAGCGAAUCCUCGAGCCUGUGGUGGAGAAUGUUUACGCUACCGUCAGAAUGCCUCGAGGAGCAAGGGAUGCAUCGGGGAGCGCCAUCUCUCAGCUUACUGUGCGCAUCCUCAGCCGCGGCGAGUGGAUGAGCGGGUGCCCGGAAGCAGGGGAGCAGAGCUUCCUUUUCCAACUAUACAACUUUCUCUCGGAGGGCUCAAUGGCAUGCGCGAAUCGCUGCGGUUACACCGUUCCGCGCAUGCCCCAGCACUUCUUCCCCCUCUUUGCCGACUUUACCAACUACACCCGGUAUCUUUGCAGCAUCCUCGAGCAAACUUGUCCCCGGUGCUCGCAUGUGACAUGCCUCGCCUGUGGGGAAUCUGUCAACACACAAAAGGCCAAGAUAUCUUUCACUGGCGAGCUGGAAGCGCUCUUCCACUGUUCAAACAUUCAGGGAGUUACUCUCGGCGUUGCAUUGCACAUGAUUGAGCAGGCCUUCGGAACCACUCUUGAGGCAACUCAAGUUGGAGCAGCUUCUCCAGCGCCAAAGAAACGGAAGGUUGUGUCCCUGGCAGAGUUGUUGAUCGGAGAAGGCGCAGAGUCAUCCUCUUCAGGUGACGAAGGUGACUUUCGCGCUGCGAAAAAGAAGGGGACAGGUUACAGUGGAAGCGCGUGUGAAGAUACUUCAGGACAGGUGGCGGCUGAGAAGGCUCAAAAGGACAAGGACCGCCGAACUGCGACGCUGCUGAAUCAGGUUGCUGUGUACCUGCCUACUUUGAAGCGCGAAAGUGGGCCACGCACUUCAGAUCUCCUUGUUCAUCCCACCUCCCUCGCCCAUCUUCGCCGUCGCAGCGGUUUCGUGAACGACCUCCUCCGCAACGAUUCGCUAAUGGACAUGUCUAACCGCGCUACCAUCUACGCAGCUCUCAUGGACUGGCUGGAGAUCGUCUCCAGCCAUGAGGCCCUCGCAACUAUGCUGGCCAUGCCGUCUAUGCGUCCUGCCGCGAUUCGCCCCGGUCCCGAUGCGCAGUCGGUGAGCAUCCUCUACGAGGGCAGUCCCAGCCCUCGCGAGCUGUUGGAAAGCGUCGCCAUUCAGGCAACUGCGGCGCUUAAAAGUCUCUCUGCGAACGUCAAUAAGCCCGAAGAUGCAGACCCGAAGGAAUGGGCUCAGAACCGUGCCCUCUAUGACUUUUGCAAGCGCUUGUUGAAGGCGCGUGACAACAUUGACCGCCUCCUGGUUUCGACCAAGGGCCAGGAAUUCGUAGACCGCAUGCUUGAAUCCUUGCCUCAUAUCGGUACUUCCAACGGAGCGGCGACAGUGGCGCCCAGCAACGACGUGAAGGCAGUUUACGAGGAGUGGGCGUCCAAGGCGCGCUUCAAUUACUGCAGUUUGCGCAAUCCCUGCGACGAGACCAGCUUCUUGCACGCGUAUAAUGACAGUGCUCAGAAGCUCGUGGGUAUGGACAUCCCUCGCCGCUCGCUUGCCAUCGCGAAGGAAUUGGCAAUCCUCACCACAAACUUGCCCACGGCGUGGGAUACAUCCAUCUUUCUCCGAGUAGAUGAUGAGCGUGUGGAUCUAAUUAAAGCCCUAAUCAUUGGCCCCAAGGACACGCCAUACGAGAAUGGCUGCUUUAUCUUUGACAUUUUUCUCCCUCACAGCUACAAUCUGUCCAGUCCACACGUCAAAUCGAUGACCACCAACGGCGGGCGCUUCCGAUACAACCCGAACCUUUACGCGGAUGGCAAGGUUUGCUUGUCGCUCCUAGGCACAUGGUCUGGGCCGGGCUGGAUCCCGGGAAAGUCGACUCUGCUGCAAGUCCUGAUCUCAAUCCAGAGUCUCAUCCUCUGCGAGGAGCCGUACUGCAACGAGCCCGCUUGGGCUGGGCAGGAGGGUUCGACAGCGAGUCGGAAGUACUCAGCCAACGUUCGGCGCAUGACCAUCAUCGACGCCAUGGCAAACAACAUCAAGAAUCCGCCUGCGCCUUGUGAGUGGUUCAAUCGACGGCCUUUCAUGUUUAAGCUGACCAAAGUCGAGGACGAGAUCAAGCAGCACUUCCGCCUGAAAGCGAAUGCGAUCCGUGCACAGCUUGAUGAGUGGCAGGCGAAAGACGACGGCAAGCCAACGGCGGAUGAGUCUGCCAACUUCUCGGGAGCAACCAAGGGUGGCCUGACCUUUGAUGCGGCGGCGGCGGAGCUGCACAAGCUGCUGGACACUUUGUCCGCACCCGUACCCAAGCCCCGUCGCAAUCCCAGCCGUACGGGCCGCAAGGCCUAGUGCUUUAUAGCUGUAGCAAUGUGUUGUAUAUGUGUAUGAAUCAUAACGUUGUGCAAGAGA